AUGGAAGUGAAAGACCCUAGAUCUGAUGUCGAGAACCUUCAACUAAAUAUCGAUGAUGCUACAUUUAAUCUUUAUUGUGCUUGUUCUUCUCUUUACGCAUGUUAUACUACUAAUGAUUCCUCAAAUGAGAGAUUUGUUAACCUUCGCCAGGAGGUUACUAAUGACGCCAAGAUAUAUGGUGAUAUUAUUUUUCCACAUUCGACUAAAGUGGUACAGGCAGUUAAAGAUACUUUUGAAUAUUAUUCAGCACUAUCCUGGGAUGAAUUUACGACUUGUAUAACAGAUAUAACUGAGGAUGUUAGAAAACAUAAUGAAGAAGUUAACAUUGCGAUAGAAUACCAUAGAGAAAUAUUAAAAAAUUUUAACGCUCAUGCAAAAAACGCAGAUGAUGUAAUUAAGUCAUUGGAUUUAGAUGUAAAGUUAAAAAAACAGCAAGCAGAAAGACUUCAAAAGGCUGCAGAUAAGAGAUAUAAGUGGGCUAUAGUGUUAUUUUUUGUCCCAGGCGUAAAUGUAGUUGGAACUCCACUUUUAGCUAUGAGUGGUGAUGAUUAUGAAGUUGAUGCAAUUGCAGCGAUAGAAGAAUCAGAUUUAGCAGGAAAGGCUUCUGCUUGUAUCAGGGAAGCACUUUGUCCGGCAAUACAGAAUUUUAUUACCGCUUUAUUAGGUAUUCAGGGGUUUUUUACUAAACUUUUAAGUGAACUUACCACGGUAUCCAAAUUUGAAGCCAAAAAACCGCAUUUUAUUUUGUAUAAUAAAAAGGCGGAUACAAUUUUGAAAUCUUGUAAUAAUUAUUUUGGUGCUAUUCCAUAUUCUUUAAGUCAGUUAGACGCGCUUCCUACAACUUAUGAUAAAAAUUAUGUUCAAAAUUGGGUGGCAAAAAAAAAGGAGGAAAUCAAAGCUAUUGAAAUUGAAGAGGAUGAAGAGGAAGAAAAUAUCGAAAGUCAAAUUAAAAAUAUUUGGGAAAAAUUUUCUAACAAUGAAGAAAAUUAUAAUUAUUCAAGGGUAUUAUACAUCCUUUGCGAAUUGGCACUUAUAUCAUUUAAGGCAACAAAAAUAAUAAAGGAGCUAAAGAAAUCUAAUCAAUUCUUUGUGCCCAGUCAUAUUACAGUGAUCAAUCAAGAUACUAGUGAAGAGAGACAAGAAGUAAACCCAGAAGCAAAUAACUGGAAUCGUGAAUUUGCCAAGGGUGAAAGGGUUGCAAGUCGCGUAAAUAAAAUAUUAGUAGAAUCGGCCACAAUUUACCAUAAAGGUAAACCAGCAAUAAUCAAAAAUGAAAUGGUUGCUGCCAGACGUUCA